UGGGAGACGGAUCGGAAAGCGGCCCGGGCCACCGCUUUGCUUUUCAGAGGUCGUCAUUCUAGAGAGGGAAGGAGGGAGGGAGAGCGAAUUAACUCCUAGCGGGUUACUUGAGUUCAUCUUCCCGGGAACUGAAAUACCUUUGCAGACGGCAAAGCCCCGGUGCCGAGUCCCACCUGCAGCAUCACUGAAGCUGCGCAAGCAACGGCGGCAACUGCAGCGCGCCGCGUCCGGAGAGCCGCAGAAAGAAAGAAAGAGCAGCGCAGCGCAGCGCAUCCCUCCCGGCGGCCGUCAGGAGCGCGGAGAGCCCCGCAUCUCUCGGGGAAGGCAGGACGAGGCCUUUUCCGAUGCCUGCCCAGUUGGCCCAGGGGAAGUUCUCCCCAAAUUUCUCCACCACUACUGCCUUUGCUCAUGUGGCCCAGAAUGGGGCAGCGAACAUGGUAAAGGCCCAUCCUAAAAAUGAAGACGUGGGAUCUGGGAGAGAGAUGACAGAUGACAUUUUCGAUGAGAGUUAUCAUGAGAAAGAGGGCCCCAAGCCCGCCACAAUAUACGUCUGGAGGAACAUCAUCCUCAUGGGCCUGCUUCAUGCAUCUUCACUGUAUGCCAUCUGCCUCAUACCUGCAGCAAAACCGAUCACCUUGGUGUGGGUAGUUUUGUGCUUCAUCUUGUGUGGCCUAGGAAUUACAGCUGGAGCGCAUCGUCUUUGGAGUCACCGGUCUUAUAAAGCCAGUUUGGCUCUCCGAAUAUUCUUGGCUGUCAUCAACUCCAUGGCUUUCCAGAAUGAUAUUUACGAGUGGGCCAGAGACCAUCGUGCUCACCACAAAUUCUCUGAAACGGACGCUGAUCCCCACAAUGCAAGUCGCGGCUUUUUCUUUUCUCAUAUUGGCUGGCUGCUGGUGCGUAAACACCCUGAUGUUAUAGAGAAGGGGCAAAAGCUGGAUCUCUCUGACCUGAAGGCUGACAAAGUCGUGAUGUUCCAAAGAAGGUUUUACAAGUCCUCUGUGGUGAUCAUGUGCUUCUUAGUACCUGCCUUUGUGCCUUGGUACUUCUGGGGAGAACCCUAUUUCAACAGCUUCUUACUGGCUUCCAUCCUCCGCUAUACAGCGAGCCUCAAUGCCACCUGGCUGGUGAACAGUGCAGCCCACAUGUAUGGCAACAGGCCGUAUGAUCAGCAUAUCAACCCGAGGGAGAACCACUUCGUUGUAUUUGGAGCCUUAGGCGAAGGCUUCCACAACUACCACCAUACUUUCCCCUUUGAUUACUCAACCAGUGAGUUUGGCUGGCGGUGGAAUUUCACUACAGGUUUCAUUGAUCUUAUGUGUUACCUCGGCUUGGCCAGUGACUGCAAGAAAGUAGCCAAGGAGACCAUCUUGGCCCGGAAAAUUCGGACUGGUGAUGGUAGCCACAAGACUGGCUGAAGGUCUGCUUCCCUCACCUCUUUUGACCUCCUCUUUCUCUUUCAGAUAGCCUGGGCAUAUGUUUAAUGUUCUGUUUACUAACUAUCAAGCAUUGCUUUCAGUAUGCUCAAGGUGGUGACUUUAACCCAUUCCAGCUCUGUCUUUUGAAAUGAUGUAUUUAAGGCCUGUAAUUUUCCCUUACUAGGGGGCUGCCUUUCUCUGUCUCAUGUUCUGUUGCUCUCUGGCAAAAUCUUCCUUAUCUUCUCUGUGCUCUCUCUCAUUAGAAGCUGGUGGAGCACCCCCACCUGCUGUCUUCCCAACAAUGGAUCAUUGGGAUUGAGCCAACAGGGUUGCACCAAAGUAGGGAUUUCUUUUCCCAGAAAUAGCAUGAACACAUGCUUGACUACUGGUCAUCUCUUCUGCUUCCUGUCUCUUGAAGCUGGUUCCUUUGAGGAGAGGAGAGGGAGUGGUCCUCUUUUUCUUGCACAGAAACGAUAAAUUGGACCUCUUUAGUCAAGGGUUCUGAUAUCCCUUGGCAAAUGAGAAAGGGGUGGAUGUAUCGUGGUAAAGGCUAGGGGUGGAGAGGUGAAGGAGAAAAUCUUUUUGUAAGGGUAACAAGGAAGCCA